AUGAGCUUCACAAUAGAAGCUGAGUACUAUGUGCCCCCCGAGGUUCUCUUCAAUGCCUUCACAGACUCCUACACGCUGACGAGACUCUCCAGGGGUUCACCCGCCCAGGCGGAUGCCAAGGUUGGCGGGAGUUUCUCCCUGUUCGCGGGAAGCGUUUAUGGUGAAUUCAUGAAAAUUGAAAAGCCACAAAAAAUUAUUCAAAAAUGGAAGUUCAUUGACUGGUGCGACAAGGACUACAGCACAGUGACGUUGGAGUUUAAGAAAGUAAAAGAAAAUCACACCUUGCUUAAGUUGACCCAGGAAAAUAUUCCCACCAAGAAUAAGUUCGACGAAGGUGGCGUCUUGGAACGGUGCAGAAAUGGGUGGACUGAAAAUUUAUUGCACAAUAUAGAAGUGAUAUUGGGAUACCCUAAGAAGAACUAG